AUGAAUCGCUAUGUCGUAUUGCAACAAUUGGGCGAUGGUACAUAUGGCUCAGUCGCUCUGGCGCAGCGAAGGGACACCGGGGAGAAAGUCGCUAUAAAGCGAAUGAAAAGAAAAUAUUAUUCUUGGGAUGAGGCCAUGAAUCUGCGUGAAGUCAAAUCACUUAAAAAACUUAAUCAUGCAAACAUUGUUAAGUUACGUGAAGUUAUCCGUGAAAAUGACACAUUAUAUUUUGUAUUUGAGUACAUGCGAGGGAAUCUUUAUCAAUUAAUCCGCGAUGCAGAACGGCCAUUUCCAGAGCCAGUUCUUCGCAAUAUUUUAUAUCAAGUGCUCCAAGGCCUCGCACAUAUGCAUCGUCAUGGUUUCUUUCAUCGUGAUUUGAAGCCUGAGAAUUUAUUAUGUGCAGGUCCAGAAUUGGUAAAGAUAGCAGAUUUAGGACUAGCUCGUGAAGUGCGAUCGAGGCCGCCAUACACUGAUUAUGUAUCUACAAGGUGGUAUCGAGCUCCAGAAGUCCUUCUGCAUGACACUCAUUAUGGUGCUCCCAUCGACCUUUGGGCACUUGGAUGUAUAAUGGCAGAAUUGUACACUUGUCGUCCGCUAUUUCCUGGUAAUUCAGAGAUAGAUCAGUUGUACAAAAUAAGCGCAGUGUUAGGAACUCCAUCACGUGACGAAUGGCCCGACGGUUACGCAUUAGCAGAUGUGUUGCGGUUUCGUUUCCCAACGAGUGCAGGUGUUCCGCUAGCGCGAGUCGUACCCACGGCGUCGGCGUCCGCUCUUGCUCUUUUUUCUGCACUUCUGCGUUAUCCGCCUCGAGAGCGUCCAACUGCGCCGCAGGCUCUCAGGUAUCCAUACUUUGCUGUUGGUGCAGCAUUAGUUCUGCCGCCUCCGGCAACAAGGCCGAGACGGAGCGGAGUUCGCGCAGAGGUUGAAAACGCUCCACCUCCAGCGAUUGCACCUACAAUUGUGCAGCCUCUGCCAGCUGCCGGGGCAGGCUCUCCGAAACGAGAUCGUUUUGCGGACAUAUUAGGGGGCGAGGUGGUGCACUCGGCGCGGCGUACGCGCGCGGGCGGCGGGUGCGGCGCGCGCGGGCGCAGCGUGCUGGCGGCGCUGCAGGCCGCGCCCGAGCCGCGCCGCCCCGCAGCCGCCGCCGCCGCCGCCGCCUACCUCGGCGCCGCGCGCUACGUGGCCGGUGCGCGCAUCGACACCACGCUGUUCCAUCCGCUUACGUUACAUGCUCACCAAGAAACGACGACGGUGGGAAGUGGAGUUGCCAGGGUGGACUGGGCGGCCAAGUACCUUCGU